AUGAAGGGCAUGGAAGCCUUACACUUACGGUGCAUGCUUCCACUAUCCAUCACCAAAAAAACUCUCUUUACGCACCAAACACCAACCCCAUUAUCAUCAAUUUCAAACCCACAAUUCAGUUUAACCUUAUCAUCUUCUCAAACCGCUACUGUCAGAACAAGAGCUGGUUGGUUUUUGGGUCUCACAAAGGACAACAACAACAAGAAGAUGAAUUUGCCUGAUACUGUUAAAGCUGGUGACCCUGUUCUUCAUGAGCCAGCUCAAGAAGUUGAUCCUAGUGAGAUUAAGUCUGAGAAAGUGCAGAAGAUUAUUGAUGAUAUGAUUAGGGUCAUGAGGAAAGCUCCUGGUGUUGGAUUAGCUGCUCCUCAGAUUGGAGUUGCUUCUAGGAUAAUUGUUUUGGAAGAUACUAAAGAAUAUAUUAGUUAUGCACCAAAGGAAGAGACCAAAGCUCAAGAUAGAAGACCUUUUGAUCUUUUGGUGAUCCUCAACCCCAAGCUGAAGAAUAAGAGCAACAAGACUGCCCUAUUUUUUGAAGGGUGUUUGAGUGUUGAUGGAUUUAGAGCUGUGGUCGAGCGUUACCUUGACGUUGAAGUUACAGGUUUGGAUCGUAAUGGCGAACCAAUCAAAAUAACUGCUUCUGGUUGGCAGGCCCGGGUUUUACAACAUGAAUGUGAUCACUUGGAAGGAACUCUAUAUGUCGAUAAGAUGGUACCUAGAACUUUCAGAACCGUGGAAAACUUGGAUCUUCCUCUUGCUCAAGGGUGCCCGAAACUUGGCCCUUGGUAA